AAGAUAAUCAUUGCAUCGUAGGAGUCUCUUAUUUUCCUUUGUAAUGGAAAGUUAGAAACCCUCAUCGUCAAAGCACGCGUUUUUUUUAAUCUCUCUCUCUCAACAAAUAUUUGUGGGUAGAUUCAAUUCACCAUGUCGAGCUCAUCGGAGUACUCUGAAUUUUCCGGCCAGAAACCGGCGAGGUCGCCGGAGAAAUCGAGCUUCUCUCAGACUUGCAGUCUGUUGAGUCAAUACAUCAAGGAGAAGGGUAGCUUCGGAGAUCUUACCCUCGGAAUGACAUCAUGUGGGUCACCUGAGACAUCUUGUCAAUCUGCUACAACCAUGAACUUGUUUCCUCCCAAGGAAAACAACGUGGCACCAAAGAACCUGACAGCUAUGGAUUUGCUCUCUCCACAAGCUUCCUCCUAUGGACCUUCAGAGGAGAUUCCAACCUUGGUUAAUUCCAGCGCAAUUAAGUCUGUGAGCAAGGGUGCUAAAACUGCACAGAUGACAAUCUUUUAUGGUGGGCAAGUUGUUGUGUUUGAUGAUUUUCCUGCUGACAAAGCAAGUGAGAUCAUGUCCUAUGCCACCAAAGGGGGGAUCCCCCAAAGCCAGAACAAUUCUGUCUACACCUACACACAGAGCCAGCCUUCAUUUCCUCCUACUUUGAUCAGAACUUCUGCUGAUUCAAGUGCUCCAAUUAUUCCCAGUGUGAACAUUACAAACUCCAUUCGUGAGCACCCUCAAGCAUCAUCCAGACCUGUUGUUUAUCUGCCAAUUGCUAGAAAAGCUUCACUCCACCGGUUUCUGGAGAAGAGAAAGGAUAGAAUUGCUUCGAAAGCACCAUAUCAAGUAGCAAAUGGGCCUUCUAACAAGGCAGCUGAGUCCAUGCCAUGGCUUGGGCUGAGUGCUUCUUCACCUCAAAUCUGAGAGCAGCUACAGUUAUAUGUAAUUUUUAAGCAUUAUUUUUGUUGUGAAAAUGCUAACUAGUCAGAAGUAUUUUUUUUGCCAGAAAUCUUGACUAAGUUUCUGGUUAUAUUUUUUUCCUGACUGCAUAGCAUUGUUACUCUUUUUUUUUUCUUUAAAUGUUUUAAAGAUGUUUUAUGGGCUUCUUGUUAGCCCUUUAUUUGUCAUAGUAAUUUCGGCUCUGCUGGGUCGUAUCAUAGAUCUAACUAUUGGUUAGUUGAUGCUGCUCUAAUUAUAGUGAUUCAAUAUAUUCAUUGUUAUGAUUAAAGAUUAAUCUUUUUCCCCCA